AUGUCACAAGCUAGUUACAUGUCGACCUUUAGCUGUGCGUCACGAAGAAGAGAAGUAUGUUGCUUCUGUGACCUUGACUUACCUCUCACUACUUCAUGGACGACUGGGAAUCCUGGGAGGAGGUUUAAUGGGUGUGGGUUAUUCAAGUUGCAGGGAAGAAAGGGAUGUGAUUUCUUUAGUUGGUAUGAUGUUGAAAUGUCCGUUCGUGCAAAGGAGGUUAUUUUGUCGCUAAUGAAGAAAAUUGAUGAACAUAAGCAGAAGGACAAUGCAAAGUUGAAACAAGAUGAGGAUUUGAGGAAGAAACUAAAGUUUUGGCAAGGAAUGUUUGUUGCAUCUGUUGUGGUCAUAAUAGGAUUGUUUUGUUUUGUCAACUUCAAGAAUUGA